AUGAAGAAAAAGGCAAACGAUGACAUGCAGGAACAAGAUGUAUCGUCGUCUGUGGCACCAAGGGAUGGUGAUGACAUUUGGAUCUUUCGUAAACUUGCCAAAACGCUAUACCAUGGAACCAGUAACAGCACACUCGUCAACGACAAGAACGUUUCAGUCGCAACUGAACCACCACCAUCACCAGCAUUGACGGCUGUUGAUCAUCAAAAUGACGACUUUUAUUCUCGGCGCCAGCCGCCUACCUCCAAAUCACGACGCCGAACAACCCGAUCUUGUUUAUCCGCCCUUUUAAUGAUCGUCGUCGGCACCUUGGUUGCAUUAGCUUUCAUCCUGAUUGGAGUUGGUAGUGCACUUACCGGUAACGAUGAUCAAAAUGAUACGUCUGCUACCUUUGCUAUGCCAUCAGCUGCUGAUGCUGAUAACGAUGCAUCCAAUCCUUUGUCAAUUUCUACCAUUUAUAUAACAUCUUCAUCUUCAUCCACAUCCACAGCCCUCAUGCAGCCUUCUUCUCCAUCAUCAUGA